UCGUAUAUGCGUUGCGCUUCUGCUCUGUUCUCUCCCCCAUUUCUUCAAUCUCUCGCCUAAUCUCCGUCAAAAACCCUCCUUUUCUCCCAUACUUGUUGAUCCUUCGACCCCUGCGUCGAUUUUGAUACCAAGGCGCGGUUUUUCUCGUGGUCUUUGAGCUCCUUUUGGUGGAGAUUUGGCGAUCCGAAGGUGUUUUGGUGCCUGGACGUCGAGAUUUGGCUUCCCGUGGCUGUGCUAAGUUGUGGGCUCUGCAGCGGUUGGAUCGGCUGCAGGGAUGGCGGUGACGAUGAUGCGGUGGCGGCCGUGGCCGCCGCUGGUGUCAAAGAAGUUUCAGGUGAGGCUGGUGGUUCGGAGGGUCGAAGGGGUCAGUGCUGGGGAUGAGGCGGCGGAGGAGGUGCGGAGGAAGGUGGCUGCGGAGGUGAGGUGGAAGGGGCCGAAGGUGGCGCUGAGCUCGUUGAGGAGGACGGUGAAGAGGAACCGGACGAGGGAGGAGGAGGUGGGCGAUGGGGGUGUGGUAGCGUGGAAUGAGGAAUUUGAGAUGGUUUGUACCCUGACGGCGCAUAGGAGAAACGCGUUCCAUCCAUGGGAGAUCGUAUUUGCCGUCUUCAAUGGCUCAAACCAUGGUGCCAAGAACAAGGAAUCUGUUCUUGGAGUGGCUUCAGUGAACAUAGCAGAAUUCACAUCUACUGCUGAUCAGGAGAUUGAGCUCUACCUUCCAUUGUUGCUUCCUGGUGCCGUCGAGUCUCACUUGGCGCUUCAUCUGGCUCUCAAUAUAUUAGAACUGAGACCUUCACAAGAUUCUUCUGAUAUGAUACAGAGGUCACCGGCUGCACCCUCGUCACCCUUCUCUGGGGAUGUUAUUCCUCCUGAGAAAGAUGAGCUUUCUGCUCUUAAAGCUGGAUUAAGAAAGGUGAAAAUCUUGACCGAGCUUGUGUCAACUCGUAAAUCUAAAAAGACAUGCCAAGAUGAUGCUGGUAGUGAGGGGAAGUGCUCUACUAGGAGUGAUGAUGCAGAAUUCCCUUAUCCGUGUGAUACAGACUCCCCAGAUGAUGAACUUGAUGAAGAAGUAGAAGAAAGCAAAGAGGAUACCAAUGUAAGAAAGUCAUUCAGUUAUGGUACAUUAGCAUCUGUUAACAAUAUUGGCUAUGAGAUGAGGGAAGAUGGGGACCAUGAGGAUUGUAUCUAUUACAAUCAUCGAAGAUCAGAUGUAGGUUGUUCACAUGCAGAGGAUACAAUUGCAUCCGUUCCUGAAUUUUCCCUGUCUAAGAGAAGUAUCCUCCCAUGGAAAAAGAGGAAGCUGAGUUUCAGAUCUCCCAAGCCCAAAGGGGAGCCGUUGCUAAAGAAAGCAUAUGAAGAAGGAGGUGAUGACAUUGACUAUGACCGGCGGCUGCUGAGUUCCUCUGAUGAAUCACUUUCUGCUGGCAGGCACAAAUGGUAUGACGAUAGUGCUAUGAACCGAUCAUCACUAUCUGAUUUUGGUGAUGACUACUUUGUCAUAGGCAGUUGGGAAUCAAAGGAACUAGUUAGCCGUGAUGGGCAAAUGAAGCUUGCCACUCAGGUUUUCUUUGCAUCCAUUGACCAGAGGAGCGAGCGAGCCUCUGGUGAAAGUGCAUGCACGGCUCUUGUUGCUGUCAUUGCUGACUGGUUUCAUAGGAACAAAGACAUGAUGCCUAUCAAGUCCCAGUUUGAUAGCCUCAUCCGAGAAGGCUCCCUCGAGUGGAGAAACCUUUGCGACAAUCAGGCAUAUCGUGAAUGUUUCCCUGACAAGCACUUUGACCUUGAGACAGUUCUUCAAGCCAAGAUUCGACCACUUUCUGUUGUUCCAAGGAAAUCUUUCAUUGGAUUCUUCCAUCCUGAAGGCCCCGCCAGCAACAGUGGCUUCGAUUUCUUACAUGGAGCCAUGUCGUUUGACAGCAUCUGGGAUGAGAUUAGCCGAAUUGGCUUAGACUGCCCAAGCGAUGGAUGCUGUCCUCAGCUAUACAUAGUAAGCUGGAAUGACCACUUCUUUGUCCUCAUGGUUGAACACCAUGCUUGCUACAUAAUAGACACGCUUGGUGAGCGGCUGUACGAGGGGUGCCAGCAGGCUUACAUCCUAAAGUUUGAUGAUAGCACGGCCAUUCACAAGGUUUCUAGUGGGAGCAAGAAUGUUGACAGUGAGGCCGCAGCAGCAGGAAAUGGUGUUGCUGGGAGUUUGGACCUGGAAAAAGGAAAUGUUGUUGUGGAGGGGGAUCUUGUGUGCAGGGGAAAGGAGGCAUGCAAGGAGUACAUCAAGAGCUUCCUUGCGGCAAUUCCAAUCAGGGAGCUCGAAGCCGACAUCAAGAAAGGGCGGAUAUCUUCCACUCCCUUGCAUCGCCGCCUUCAGAUCGAGUUCCAUUACACAGAGUUGUCCAGUGAGCUCGGUUUGGCUACUCUAUCCUCAUCAACAGAGUCUGUUCCUGAGUUGUCAUGGCCAGUCAAACCAGCAGGAGCAAUUUCAACAGCACCUGCAGUUCUGGUUGUAUAAGAUCGAUCUCCAGUGUUAGGUAAUUAUGUGCUUAUCUGAGUUGGAUGGAUGGCGGAAAAUAGAGAAACAUUAAAUAGUGUGCUUCUCUCUUGACCUCAACUAACUAUAGGGACUUUGUUGUGUCUGUUUGCAUUGGUACAUUGUGAAGUUUGUGUUGAAUGCUUUGUUUCAACUUGUUGGUCUUCCUGUAUAUUAAUGAAGUAAGCUAGUAGCCAAUGCACACUAAGAUUUUUACCAAU